AUGUUAAAAGUUUCAAAAAGGUAUUACGGAUUCCAAUCUAAAUCGCCAUUUCAAUUGCUACCAGACUUUAGAUUAAAAUGUGGACUGGAGAUCCACACUCAAUUGAAUACUAAGUUUAAAUUGUUUUCAUUCUCUACGAACGAUCCGUUCCAUUCUAUUGAUUCCCCAAAUUCUAAUGUUUCAUUCUUUGAUGCUGCAUUACCUGGUACCCAACCUAUUUUAAAUUAUGAAGCUGUAAUUGAUGCAAUCAAAUUGUCAUUAGCAUUAAAUUGUGAUAUUAAUGCGAAUUCACAGUUCGAUAGAAAACACUAUUUUUAUGGAGACCAGCCUUUAGGUUAUCAAAUAACUCAACAUUAUUCACCGAUAUCUUCAAAUGGUAAAUUAUCAUUAUUUGAAAAUAUAGAUAAUAUUGAUCAAUCUCAGAAGGAUAUAGGAAUCAUUCAACUUCAGAUCGAACAAGAUACUGGUAAAUCUAUGUAUGAUGAUUCAAAGCAUUUUACUCGUAUUGACCUGAAUAGAUCAAACGUACCUUUGAUUGAAAUGGUUACGAAACCUGAUUUUACAGAUUUAAAACAAGUACGUUCAUUUAUUAAAAAAUAUCAAAACUUAGUUCGCCAUCUAAAGAUAUCUUCUGGUGAUCUUGAGACUGGUGCAAUGCGUGUAGAUGUGAACUUAUCAAUUAAUGAUUAUGCAAGAGUUGAAUUAAAAAAUUUACCAAAUACAAGUUCCAUAGUGAAUGCGAUCAAAUAUGAAUAUAAUAGGCAAGUUGAGAUAAUUAAGAAUGGAAGCGCUGACGAAUUGCUUACUUCUCCUGAAACAAGAAGUUGGACAGGUGUGAAAACUGUGAAAUUAAGAAGUAAAGAAACAACAAUUGAUUACAGAUAUUUACCAGAUCCCGAAUUACCCAGGGUCAUCCUUGAUAAUGAUGUCAUUACAAAUAUAUCCAAUAGUAUACCAACUUUACCGGAUGAAUUACUCUCAAGAUUGAUAUCAAAGCCUUACAAUUUAUCAAUGAAGGAUGCUAAAAUUUUAGUAUUGAAUAGUAACGGCCAAAAUGAAAUGUACACUCAGGAAGAAUUACAAAAUUUUUAUUUGAAAGUAUUUGACUGUUAUUACAAUGUAGUUGGUGAAAAACUAAAUCAUAAAUUGCCUGUGAAUUGGAUCAUUCAUGAAUUGAUAGGUAGCUUGAAUAAACUUGAGUUACCAUUAUCUAAGGUUCUACCUAAAUUGUCACCAGAGAAAUUUUCAGAAUUUAUAGUCCUAAUACACAAUAAGGAAAUAUCAAAUACUAGUGCCAAACUAUUACUUUUCCAUGUUCUAAAUCAAAUUAAAGAAAAUGAUCAUUCUAUUAGGGAAAUAAACUUUGAUUCUUUAAUUGAAGAAUUUGAAUUAAAACCAGCAACGAAUGCUAGUAAAGUUGACCUUACUGAAUUAUGUCAAACAAUAAUUACAGAAUUAAAUAAUGAAAAAUUGUUGAACGAUAUUAUAUCUGGUAAAAAGAAGAAUUCAAUACAAUAUUUGGUUGGGUUAGGUAUGAGAGCAUCACAAGGGACAUUGUCACCUCAAUCCCUAGAAGAAACAUUUAAAAAAAUAUUACAAGUGAAAUGGUAA